UGUAAAUUUAGACCGGAACAAAUAAACAACAUUUCGUGCUCGCUGGGCUGCAACCUCGCGGCGUUGUUUACCACCGAGUCGUCGAACUGUAAAUUCUGAAGGGAUUUUUAUUUAUUAAAGCAUAUGUCGGUUGAGAAAAAAAACUAUGUAGAAGUCCCGUCGUACUUCUCAGGGCUGAGGGAGCCGGGAAUGGAGCGAAUUUCAACUUUUAUGAUGAUGAUUAUUUUGAUUAUUUUUUAAGACCUCUCAAUUUUAAUAGCGCACGGAUUUAUUCCGACUAUUUAUUGAUAUGAUGAAAGGAUUUGUGACCGAUUCGAUAAUCUGGAAAAGGGAAAGUAGCGGCGGGGCAGCCCGCCUCAUGUGGCCGCUGCUCGGUGCGUGUCUGUGGGCUGCCGCGGUCGCCUUCAAGCCGGUGAUCAUCGUGCACGGCUUGUUCGACAGCUCGGGAGAUUUUAAGAAUCUCCAGCGCUUCAUUAACGAGUCUCAUCCUGGAACAAAUGUGACCGUGAUUGACUUGUUUGACCGAGGUUCCAGCCUGCAGCCCAUGUGGAAGCAGGUGGAGGGUUUCAAGGCAGCCGUUUAUCCCAUCAUGCAAAACUCUGCGGAAGGAGUCCAUUUUAUCUGCUACUCUCAGGGUGGACUGAUUUGCAGGGGGAUAUUGUCCACUUUGCCAAAUCACAAUGUACAUUCAUUCAUUUCGCUGUCCUCGCCUCAGGCCGGACAAUACGGCGACACAGACUACUUGAAGUACCUGUUUCCUCAGUUUGUCAAGUCCAACUUGUACCAUCUCUGUUAUACAUCCAUAGGACAGCGGGUAUCCAUCUGCAACUAUUGGAAUGACCCCCACCACAGGGACAUGUACACCAACAGCAGCGAUUAUCUGGCCCUACUCAACAGCGACAGACCCAAUCCAAAUUCUACAGAAUGGAAGAACAACUUCUUAAGACUCAACAAGCUGGUGCUUGUUGGAGGGCCAGAUGACGGAGUCAUCACUCCCUGGCAGUCCAGUCAGUUUGGAUUCUUCGACGACAAUGAGACCGUUGUUGAGAUGCAACGACAAGGCGUCUAUUUAAAGGAUAUCUUUGGUCUGAAGACGCUAGCGGCUCGUGGCGACCUGAUCCUGUGUUCUGUUCCGUACGUCCAACAUGUCUGGUGGCACUCAAAUGAGACUGUAUUUCACGCUUGCAUGGAGAAGUGGCUGGUUUAGAGCCAAAACGUCAACAUUUUUAUGAAAUCAGCUCCAUGUGGUAUUAUGGGGGGUCCUCGGAACGCCAAUGGGGGUAUGUUCCUUCAGCGGCGACGCAAUCCAAGUUAAGUUAAUCCAAGUCAAGUCCAAGUUAGUCGGACUGCGCCGUGGUCUAUCGCUAAUCUCUGCUGAUCUAGUAGUCAAGUCAAAAACAAAUGGAAAAACUAAAACCAAGUACAGCAAUAGCCUUGCUGUGCCACGUGACAAAGUAUUCUUACACUGCUGAGCAAACAAAUUCGAAUGCUUUCUCCAAAUCCACAAAAGCACAUGUAGACUGGUUGGGCUAACUCACAUGCACCCACGAAGACCCUGUUAAAAGUCCACUGUUCCACGGCCCGGGACGAAAACCAAAUGUUAUAUUGUAGAGAAAAUGUUUGGAUUAAAAGAAGGCAAAAAAAGAUCAAUUCUCAACUAGCGAUAUAAACAAUUCAGAAAAAUCAGUAAGUACAGCUGUAACUAAGCCUGUCAUCAUUGCAAACUGGUUCAUUGCAUGCUGUUUUUAACCUCAAAAUGACAUACUGUAUAUUGUUAGCCUGCCAUCAUAAACCGAGGCCCCAUUGUAGGUGAAUCUCAACAGUUCGUAGUCCAAUGGCAAUCAUAAUUAUGUUGUUUGUAAUUUUGAAAUAUUACAUAGUCGUUUAGAUUUGGGGUUUUUUUUGGAGGCAAGGAACACGUCAAAAGCACAAACUAACAACCGACACCACCUUUAAAAAUUGCAAAUGCAUUGGUUUACCAGCAUCUAAGCUAUUCCCUCGAAGCAUAAUUUAUUUGCAGCAACUCCAGAAAGAAUUGUUGAGGACAUCUGAGAGGGAUCAUUUCCAUGUGUCUGUCGUAAUUCUUGGUCACGCACAAAGUGACACAGCAGUGCCUGAGUGACAUUCUGUCUUCUUGUGUCAUUGCCUUACACCUACUUAACGUUUUUUUUUCUCCUUUUUGGUAAAUAUUGUGAUUUUUUUCUGUUAUCUUGUCACUUACUAUAGUUAUAUUAUGAGUAGGACUCGUUUUAGUAGAUGACGCCUUAAAUUU